CCGGGGACGGAGGGGUGGGGGUGCGGGGCGCCGCCGCCGCCGUGCGCGAGUGCGUGUGUGCGAGUGAGUGCGUGUGUGCCCGUGCGUGUGCCCGCGCGUGUGCGUGUGCCCGCGCGCGCGCGCCCCGGCGAGUGUGUGCGCUGCUGAGUGUGUGCGUGCGCGCGUGCCGGCCCGCCGGGCUGCGCGAGCGGCAGCGCCAGGGCCGGGGAGCGAGCGCGAGCGAGUUGCGCAGCUGCCGAGCGCGCAGCCCCGCCGCCGCCGCCACCAGCAGGAGCAGGAGCAGGAGCAGCGGCAGCGGCAGCAGCAGCAGCGGCGGCGGCAGCAGCAGCAGCAGCACCUCACUGGCAUUUAGCGAGCGGAGCGGCUAGUUGCGCUGGAGAGAGACGCGCAGGGAGGAGGAGGAGGAGGAAGAAGAAGAGGAGGAGGAGGAGGAGGAGGAGAAGAAGGGGAAGAGGAGGAGGAGGGAGAGGGAGGAGGAGAAGGAGAAGAAGAAGACGAAGAAGAAGAAGAAGAAGAAGAAGAAGAAGAAGACGAAGAAGACGAGGAGGGAGAAGAGAAGGAGGAGGCCACACGGACACCAACUGAAACAAAGUAUUUCCAAACCAGCACCCAACUCCACCUUGUGAGGCUCCCCAGCAUGGCUUCCGAGGAACUCUACGAGGUAGAGAGAAUUGUUGACAAGAGGAAAAACAAGAAGGGAAAAACAGAGUAUUUGGUGCGAUGGAAAGGAUACGACAGUGAAGAUGACACUUGGGAGCCAGAACAGCACCUUGUUAAUUGUGAGGAAUAUAUACAUGAAUUUAACAGACGCCACAAUGAAAAGCAGAAAGAAAGCACAUUAACCAGGACAAACAGGACCUCUCCAAAUAACGCCAGAAAACAAAUUUCUAGAUCUACCAAUAGUUCUUUUUCAAAGACAUCUACUAAAUCUUUAGUUAUGGGUAAAGAUCAUGAGUCAAAAAAUAAUCAACUCUUUUCUGCCACCCAGAAGUUCCGGAAAAACAAUUCACCGUCUCUUUCUGGAAGGAAAAAUAUGGACCUCGCAAAAUCAGGUAUUAAAAUCCUAGUGCCCAAAAGUCCAAUUAAGAGCCGGACAACAGUUGAUGGCUUCCAGAAUGAAAGCCUGGAUAAAAUGGACCAUAUAGAGCAGGAUCAAGAAGACUCUGUAGCACCAGAAGUAGCAGCAGAAAAACCAGUGGGAGCUUUAUUAGGACCUGGUGCAGAGCGUGCUAGGAUGGGGAGCCGGCCAAGGAUACAUCCAUUAGUGCCACAAUUGCCAGUGCCAGUAACAGCCACAAUUGCAUCAGCAUUAACAAUAAAUGGAAAAGCAUCUCCCUGUAUUCUUCCCAGUGUUCUUUACUUCCUAUUUUCUUGUACAUCCACCUUUAUGGAAGCAUUAGCAGCCAAUGGUACAACCAACAUACAGACAUCUGUAACAGGAGUGACAGCCAGCAAACGAAGGUUUAUUGAUGACAGGAGAGAUCAACCUUUUGAUAAAAGGCUACGUUUCAGUGUGAGACAAACGGAGAGUGCGUACCGGUACAGAGACAUUGUUGUCAGAAAACAAGAUGGAUUCACACACAUUUUGCUAUCAACAAAAUCAUCUGAAAAUAAUUCACUAAAUCCAGAGGUAAUGAAGGAAGUCCAAAGUGCACUGAACACAGCAGCUGCAGAUGACAGUAAACUUGUGCUUUUCAGUGCAGUUGGUAGCAUUUUCUGCUGUGGUCUUGAUUUUAUUUAUUUUAUACGACGUUUAACAGAUGAUAGAAAAAAGGAAAGCACUAAGAUGGCAGAAGCUAUUAGGAAUUUUGUGAAUACUUUUAUUCAGUUUAAGAAGCCUAUCAUUGUAGCAGUAAAUGGCCCAGCCAUUGGACUUGGAGCAUCUAUAUUGCCUCUGUGUGAUGUGGUUUGGGCUAACGAGAAGGCUUGGUUUCAGACACCAUACACUACUUUUGGACAAAGUCCAGAUGGAUGUUCAUCCCUUACAUUCCCUCGGAUAAUGGGCCUGGCUUCUGCCAAUGAAAUGUUGUUCAGUGGAAGGAAGUUGACUGCGCAGGAGGCUUGUGCCAAAGGACUCGUGUCUCAAGUGUUUUGGCCAGGAACAUUCACACAAGAAGUAAUGGUUCGAAUUAAGGAACUUGUCACAUGUAAUUCAGUUGUACUUGAAGAAUCCAAAGCUUUAGUACGUAAUAUCAUGAAGGUGGACUUGGAACAAGCAAAUGAAAAGGAGUGUGAAGUUUUGAAGAAAAUCUGGGGCUCAGCACAAGGGAUGGACUCAAUGUUAAAAUAUCUGCAGAAGAAGAUUGAUGAGUUCUGAUGAGAUGCCCGUUGACACUGGAAUUGUAUUUCUUUGGACAUCAGGGCAAGCAAAAUAUGCCCAUCUUAGGAAAACCUAUAUAAACUAACCCCUUGCUCAGCUUGGGAACAGGAGUGGACACCCCCCCCACCUUUUAUUGUCAAGGGGUUUAAAAGUACUGUAUCACUUAAAUUUGAACAAAACUCCUUUCUCCCCGAUUGUUACAUAUAGAUAUAUAUACACACACCUGUGUGUAUGUGUGUGCAUAUAUAUGUCUCUUUUUUUAUAUAUAUAUAUAUAUAUAAAAGGUAGUAUGUGUGUGAGAGUGUGUAUGUAGACACACACACACAAGCUAAAAAAAAAAAGAUAGAGUGCACUACCAAACAUCUCUUUAAAGGCUCUAGUUUUUGUUAUCUUUGGCUAGUACUGUAUCAAAUAGAGAAUGGAUUAAAAAGUGAAUGGUGUUGCAUUAUUUUCUGUGGCAGGGAAGUCUGGAAUCAUGUUUUUCUUUUUCAUUAGAAUACAGAAUUGAAACGGGUAUUAGCCAGCCCUUACUUUCACUGCCCAAUGAGUCAGCUAAGAUACAAGGCACUGUCUCAGAAGAAGGUUAAAAUACCUCAAGUAAUGGAACAUUCUAAAAUUUUUGGGAAUUAAACCCUAAGCUUAAAUCACACGUAUCCCCAAAAAGAGAGUGUGCUCAGGAUUAAUGCUAAGAAAACACUCUGUCCUUUUUUGGGGGGAGGUAUAGAGGGGUGGGAGGAAGGGGGCAGGAAUAUGUUUAAUUCUUACCCAGAUAGCAUGAAGAAACCACUGUCUCUUGGGAAAGGGGAAUAAGGGGAAGUGGGAGGGAAAAGCAAGGGGGAAGGGAAAAAAAAGAAAGAAAAAAAAAAAAAAGCUUGUUUUGCAGUAUUAGUGAAUCACUGAAUAUCUUAUGUAUGAAUAUCCUAAGUUAUAAGUUAGUUUUAGUGGGUUUUUUAAAAGUCUCUCUGGGUUUGGUUGGUUUUUUUUGUUUUGUUUUGUUUUUUGGUUCUUUUUUAAAUAACUACAUAAGUGCUUCUGUUGCUGGGUGAGAAUACUACUUUAUAUACAGUUUGGGUUUUGUUUUCGGUUCUUUUUUUUUUCCUAUUUGCUGGUUUAAUUGAUGUAUUACACCAAAAAUGCAUUUUAUGUUCAUAGGUUUUAGGUUCACUUAGAAUAUAUUAUUUAAUAAGUUAAAAAUCUUUUGGCACACUAUUAAGUAAAAAAAAAAAACUCCUUUUAAAAAAAAAACUACCUUAUAUUAGAUGUUUAAUGUUCUUUGUCUAUGCUUUUUUAUUAUUUUAAAUAUACACUAUAUACAGUAUGGUGUAAGAGUGCCCUGUGUAAAUAGACCUAUUUUGCAUUCCUUUCAGGAGUGGUUAUUGAUUCCUGACCGCAGAUACCUAUUAUUACUUGGGUAUCUGUGCUUGCAAUCUUAAUGAAUGUAUUAUGAAGAAUGAAAAAGAAAUCAAACCUUAUUUUUGUACAGUUUUGAAGUUUUUACUUGGAACUGACCCACCUCCCCUUCCCAGUGGAGAGCUGUACAGUGUGUAAAUCUGCCUUUACCUUGGAUUGGUACAGUAUUUUUGCAUCUGUGGGACCUACUUCUUUGUUCUAGUAGUUUGAACUAUAUAUAAACUGUACAAUCUGUAAAGUUUUUAUAGAAUAAAUAUUCAGCUGUGAAAACUGGUUAAAUAAAACUAAUAUUUCUUAACACAUUUUAAA